ACACAGCAGCGCCCUGUCACUAUUCGCUCCCCCACAUCACGGGCUAUUUUUGGCCCGCGCGUUAGCUCAUUAUAUAGAGUUUUCUCCCCUCCCUGCCUUUUGGCGAGCAAACUUACGCGUGACAGCUCGGGAGAAGAGUGUCGGUGAGCGUGAGACCUCAACUUGGGAUAUUUAUUUGCCUUUUGCACCCAUUCAUUCUGUAUUUCGUACCCCUGCUUCACUGUUCGGUGCGAUGAGAAGACAGCUGUCGUACACUAGUUUUCCAAAGAAGCGUAACGGGACGCGUCUCAAAUAAUCCGGUUGGACCGAAGCGCGCUGCGCCGUGGCGCACCCUGCCUCCGUGAACACGCCGCCUCUGUCGCUUUCGACGAUAUUUUGAACACCCUAUCCGACCACAUUCAGCUAUCAACAAACUAUUUGUGCGUAGCAUCCCGAAGCGUUCCAGAAAAUCAUGGAAACUAACCCCAUACCCAUUUUGACCAUCCAAACGACCCCCUUCGAUGACCAGAGACCAGGGUCGAACGGGCUGCGAAAGAAGACGGCGGUUUUCGAAAGCAAAAAGAACUAUCUGCAAAACUAUAUCCAAAGUUUGCUGUCCUCCAUCGACUUGAGGGACCGUCAGGGAUGCACUAUGGUGGUGGGCAGCGAUGGAAGAUACUUCAGCCGCGCUGCAACCGAAGUCAUCGUUCAGAUGGCGGCUGCCAACGGGAUUGGACGUCUCGUGAUCGGACACAACGGGAUCCUUUCGACUCCAGCGGUCUCCUGCAUCAUCAGGAAGAUAAAAGCCAUUGGUGGAAUCAUCCUCACUGCAAGCCACAGUCCAGGAGGCCCAGGAGGAGACUUCGGGAUCAAAUUUAAUGUCGCUAAUGGAGGACCAUCUCCAGACACCGUGAUGGAGAGGAUCCAUCAGGUAAGUCGCACACUAGAGGAAUACGCCAUCUGCCCUGACCUCCACAUUGACCUGUCCCGUCUUGGCCGUCAUGACUUUGACUUGGAGAACAAGUUUAAACCCUUCAGAGUUGAGAUAGUGGAUUCAGUCGAGAUCUAUCUAAACAUGCUGAGGGGAAUUUUCGACUUUGGUGCCAUCAAGAGCUUGCUGACAGGUCUAAAACAGCUGAAGAUCCGAAUAGACGCCAUGAAUGGAGUUAUGGGACCAUAUGUCAGAAGAAUCUUAUGCGAUGAGCUCGGGGCUCCAGCUAAUUCUGCUGUUAACUGUGUCCCUCUGGAGGACUUUGGAGGUCAACACCCAAACCCUAACCCUGCAUUCGCUGCAGCUCUGGUGGACUCCAUGAAGGGGGGAGAUUUUGGCUUUGGGGCUGCUUUUGAUGCAGAUGGGGACCGUUACAUGAUUAUGGGUGAGAAUGGAUUCUUUGUGAGCCCGUCAGAUUCCCUGGCAGUGAUGGCUGCAAACCUCUCCUGCAUCCCUUACUUCAGUCAGAGAGGAAUCAGAGGUUUUGCCCGCAGUAUGCCAACCAGCACAGCCAUUGACAGGGUUGCUAAGGCUAUGAAGGUGGCGCUUUAUGAAACUCCCACAGGCUGGAGAUUCUUUGGCAACCUGAUGGAUUCUGGGAGAUGUUCUUUCUGUGGAGAGGAGAGCUUUGGAACAGGUUCAGACCACAUCCGAGAUAAAGACGGCCUGUGGUCAGUUCUGGUAUGGUUGUCCAUCCUGGCAGUGCGUAAGCAGGGGGUGGAAGAAAUAGUGAGAGACCACUGGGCCAAAAUGGGACGCAACUACUUCUGCAGGUUUGACUAUGAAGGGGUGGACGGCAGGGCAGCGUAUUACCUCAUGAGAGAUCUGGAAGCUGUUAUCGCUGAUAAAGCUUUUACCACUCAGAAGUUUUCUGUGGGCAGUAACAUCUACAGCGUGGAGAAGGCUGAUAAUUUUGAGUACAUUGACCCAGUGGACGGCAGUGUGUCCAGGAAACAGGGCCUAAGGAUCAUCUUCACAGACUCGUCCCGACUCAUUUUCCGGCUCAGUGGUUCUGGUGCUGGAACCGGGGCUACAGUUCGCAUCUAUGCCGAGAGCUACGAGAGAGACCCAGAGAGACACAACAGAGAGACUCAGGUUGUGCUGGGUCCUCUCAUCGCCAUCGCUCUGAAAAUCUCCAACAUCCACGAAAGAACUGGACGCAGAGGGCCCAACGUGAUCACCUGAGACCAACCCAGCACUGCACACCACAGGCUAAAAUCACUUUCCUCACUCAUCUGAUUCUUUUUUAUUUGUUCCUUUCACUCAACACCACAAAGAAAGUGCCAAGCUUUUAUUUUGCUGCUCUUUUAUCAGUUCUCUCCUCUCCUCUCCUCUCCUCUCCUCUCCUCUCCUCUCUUGUUUUUUUUCUUUAUUUGUCUUUAUAAGGGCUCCUGUAAUGGUUUUCAUUUCUUUUGCACAUGUAUAAACUCAUGCAAACCACUAAAAAAUCCAAAGGGAGCAAAGUGUUUUCUUCAUGUUCAGACUAACGCUUCUUUAGUGUGUUUAAUUCAAUGAGAAUGGGGUUAGAUACCGACACUUGGUGUUUUUGAUUCAAAUGCAUGAGGCCUAAAUCCUAAACCUUGUGACUUUGGUAACUUGUGUGCUUUUGUUUACAAUCUAGCUGUUACAAAGAAUGUACCACUAAAAUAACAAUCAUAAACAUUUCCUGAAAACAGUUGCGCUGUAAUUCCUGCAUACAGUCUUGUAAUCGCUAUCACCGGUUUGCAAUUUUCUGAUCACUUUCUGAAAUGUUCUGCAAGUGAACUUUGUGUAUCGAAGUAUGAAAUGAGUUAUAGGAAAGUUUUCACUUUUGGCUAGCAGCUCAGCUUAAAUAAUGCUUAGUACUUUUUUAUCUUUUAUUUUACAAUCCUGCAUGAAUCAGUUUGUUUAAUGUCAGAUGGAUUAUGUGCAUUCCAUUGUUUCAUAAAAAAAAAACAAAAAAAAACAUGCCUCUAAGUUUAUUAUUAUUAUUAUUAUUUAUAUUGUUAUAUAACACUUCUGAUAUUAACAAUACAUUUCUUUGAGCCAGUGUUUAAGAUAUUUGCAAGGAUUUUUAAAAAUUCUGCUGUUUUAAGAAGUCCCUUAUAAACCGUGAAUAAAUUGCAAUGUCUCCAAGAUGAAAACAAAUGCUCCCUUUUAAAUAUUAUUUUGAUGGAAGGAAGAAUUAAGCUAAAUAAAUGCAAUGGCCUUAGCUGUAUUUUAGUUUUGUAUCCUAAAAAAUGCAUAAAUAAACUUUAUCUUUUGUGUGUCCUGGCUUCUUGUUAUUAUAAUAAAAUCAGUGAGAUCAGACUCAUA